AUGGUGAAACAGCCACCUCCUUCGGGUUCUGUGACCAGGGAUGCAAUGGAACAAGAUAUGAUCUCAUCAGUAGCCGAAAAAUAUUGGGCUCCAUUCAGCAAAGAUCGACAUCAACCAUACGAUGCGAAACUGGUUGAAGUGAUUUAUGAAACAGAAAUCAUCAAGACCGGGUUCAACCCAAAAAAGAUAAAAAUGCUCGAAUUCAGUCAGUAUUUAGAAUGCUUUCUUUGGCCAAAUUAUCAACCUUCAAGUUCAAAAGCAUAUCAUUUAUCUAUAGUUGUUAUGAUCAAUGAAAAAUAUCGGGAAAGAACCGAUGCUUGGCAGGUAUUCCAUAUUUUUCUUUUUGUUGUUGUAUCACAAAGCUGUUAAUUUCAGAAAAUCCUCGAGACACCGGAAAACUUUCCUCAUUUCUUCCAAAAUAUCAUGAAUUUCGCAAUCGCCGAUGAAACAGUUGCAAGUCAAUCAGAACAAUGUGCAAUUCUCACUUUCCUUGUAAACGCAUUCAAUUCUGUUGAAGUUGAUCUUGUUCAGAAAGUGACCAAAAAGCUAACAUCAAUCGAAAUUUGGGAUAGUUUAUUGGAAAGUCAGCGACAAGAUCUUUUCAAAAAGCAGAAAAAACUAAAGAAAGUUUGGGAAUUAGUGACGCGGAAAAUGAAGGAAACAGAUCAAAAAGACAAUGGAAAAGGGUUAUUUGAACGAAGAUUUAUUUGGAAUUUGAUUGAGAAAUUUGUCAAAACUUUAAAAUCCGUUGAUGACGAAUCAAAAGAUAUUGACAUUGAUGCUAUUCGAUAUUGCGAAAAAUUCAUUGAACUUCUAAUCGAUCUCGAAUCUCUUCUUCCAACUCGUCGAUUUUUCAACGCAGUUCUACAUUCUUCACAUAUUUUAACUUAUUGUAUACAAUCAAAAUUGAUCUCAUCAGACGCUGGAAGUCUAUUUUUCCAACUGGUUCAAAUGCUCAAAUUCUAUGCUAGAUUCGAAAUUGACGAGUUUACCGGAAGACAAUUAUCACACAAAGAAGUUUCUGAACAACAUUAUGAAAGUGUGAAAAAAUUGCAAAAAGCUGCUUUCAGAUAUUUUCAGUGAGUUGUUUUUUUAAAGAAUUUUUAUUUAUGAUGUCGAAUCAAUUCUUUCAGUGAUGCUAUGCCUGAUUUCUACCUCUUGAAUGUUUCGGGUGUCGACACCAGAAGAGCAUUAAUCAAACAGUUUUCUGGAAUGAGUCAUGAAGAUGUUUAUAGAUUUGCCGAAUAUUUGCACCUUGUUCCAGAAAAAUCGAACGAAUCGCUAGAAAAAUAUGCAAAAGAUUUUCUUGUUGAAACAAUUGUAAGUUUAAUUCACUCAAAGACCAAAAUUACAUCAUUUCUCCUCCAAAUUUUUGAUCAUUUCGUUGCAAUAAAUGCAACAAAUUACCGACUCACUGAUAAGAAGUUAUGUUUCUUUUUCUUCCAGACAUUGGCAUGUGAAAGACGACCAAAUCAACUGACUCAACUCAACGAGAAACCACUUUUCCCAACAGAAAAAGUGAUUUGGGAUGAAAAUGUUGUUCCAUAUGAACACUAUUCUGGUGAAGGAGUUUUGGCGUUGGAUAAAUUGAAUUUACAAUUUUUAACCUUCCAUGAUUAUUUGCUCAGGAAUUUCAAUUUAUUCCAACUGGAAAGCACAUGUAAGUUUUGUUUAUCUCAAUGAUUUUUGCAAAACAAUAAUUUCAGACGAAAUUCGUCAGGAUUUGGAAGAUGUGUUAUUCCGAAUGAAACCAUUCCAACAUGAAUCGAAAAACGAGACAGUAUUCUCUGGUUGGGCAAAAAUGGCACUGCAAAUCGAAAGUUUCCAAAUUAGCGAAGUUGCGAAGCCACGAGUUGGAGAAAAAUCGCCGGCAAUUGUUCGAGGUGUUUUAUCAGUAAAUGUUGGAAGAAGAUGGGAUAUUCGAGCAGAAUGGGAAAAUAUGAGAAAACAUGAUGUUUGUUUUUUGGUUUCGUGUCGAGCCAAACAAUCUGCUCGUGGAACUUUUGAUAUUCGCAAAAAGUUUUCGGAUCAAAUUGAAGUGACAAGUGUAAGAGGAUGUGAUAUUGAAGGAAUGUUGGAUAAUGAUGGAUUACUUAUUGAAGAAUAUGAUAAUGGACAGAAAAAGAAUCAAUUGACUGGAGAUGUUAGGAAAUUCAAAGUGCUUUUGGAUCCAAAUCAAUAUCGAAUUGAUAUGGAAAAUGUUGCUGAAAAAGGUGUUGAAGAUGUAUAUUAUACUUUUAAUUUGGUUGUUCGACGCGAUUCGAAGACAAAUAAUUUCAAAGCAGUUUUGCAAACAAUUCGAGAAUUAUUGAAUACCGAAUGUGUUGUUCCUGAUUGGUUGACUGAUGUUAUUUUAGGAUACGGUGAACCGAAUAGUGCACAUUAUUCUCAAUUGAGUAGCGCAAUUCCUGAAUUAGAUUUCAAUGAUACUUUUGUAUCCUACGAACAUGCUGCAAAUUCAUUCCCUGGUUAUAAAAUUGUUUGUACCGAGGAAGAUAAAGCUAAACAAGUUCCACCAUUCCGUGUGAAAUUCCAAGAUUUGGAAAAGAAUCCGAGUGUUGAAAUGAAGGAGGCGGAUAAGAAGACGAUUUAUAUCACACCGGUUAUUCGAAAAGCUGUUACACCAUACGAAUAUACACCAAAUCGAAAUCAGGUGCAAUUUACACCACAACAAAUUGAAGCAAUCAAAUCAGGAAUGCAACCGGGUUUAACAAUGGUUGUUGGACCACCGGGAACUGGUAAAACUGAUGUUGCUGUGCAAAUUAUCUCAAAUAUCUAUCAUAAUUGGCCAAAUCAACGAACUUUGAUUGUCACACAUUCAAAUCAAGCUUUGAAUCAAUUAUUCGAGAAAAUUAUCGCUUUGGAUAUUGAUGAAAGACAUUUAUUGAGAAUGGGACAUGGAGAAGAAUCACUUGAAACUGAAAAAGAUUUCUCGAGAUAUGGAAGAGUUAAUUUUGUAUUGAAAGAAAGACUUCGAUUAUUGAAUGAUGUGGAAAGAUUGGCAAAAAGUUUGAAUAUUGUUGGAGAUGUUGCAUAUACUUGUGAAAAUGCUGGAUAUUUCUUUAGAUUUUCAGUGAGAUUUUGAAAAUUACCUCUGUUUCUUAUAAAAAUUCAUAUUUUCAGGUCUGCCGAGCUUGGGAAGAAUACUUUACAAAAAUUGUCAAAAAAUCAGAUAUUUCUGAAGGAGGAAUCUCUGCGAUUUUCCCAUUCAACAAAUUCUUCAAAGACAUUCCUCAACUUUUCACUGGAAACAAUUCAGAAGACAUAAAAAUUGCACAUUCUUGCUGGAAACAUAUUGAAGCAAUUUUCGAAAAAUUGGAUGAAUAUCGAGCUUUUGAAUUGUUGAGAAAUGGAAAAGAUCGAACCGAAUAUUUAUUAGUGAGUUUUUGUUUUCUUUUGGGAAAAGGGUGUCUACAUGAAAAAAUAG